AACUGAAGUAAGUUGUUUUGUGUAUCUUAAUGGACAAAAACAAUUCAAUAUUCAUAUGUUGUUUUUUUAAGACUUACACAUCACUUUCGUUAAUAUUUUGCAGGUGUCUUACUGUUAGCAAGUAUCUGACUGUUCUGUACGAUCGCCCUAUCGCCAUUAUGGAUAACAUAAAUUUGACGGAAGAUUCACAACAAGAAAAGACGAAAGGUGCAUAUGAAUUUUGGAACAUUCGAGAAACGACAGUGUUGAUUCGACUUCUCGUUGACGGUAUUAAUCAAGGGUGGCGCGACAAAAAUGGGAGCAUGAGCAAAAUGACUGUGGAAAAAAAGAUUCUACCGAUUUUGAAUGCCACAGUUGGCUGCCAAAAAACUCAUAAGCAUUAUUUAAGUAAAAUGAAGAGUUUAAAGAAGCUCUAUAAUAGUAUGCAAGACCUUAUCCGAUUCAGUUCUGGAUUUGGAUGGGAUCCCAUAUCUAAAAAGUUUACAGCUCCUAACCACGUGUGGGAUGAUUACGAAAAGGCACAUCCAACUAAGAAGAGUCUGCGAGAUGAAACUUUGGAAGAUUAUGAAGACUUACAGCUAAUAUUUGAGCAAGGAUUAGCUACCGGAAAAAAUGCUAUUGGUUUAGGGGACGAUACCGAUGCACCAACUUUUGGAGCUAAAGAUGAUGAGCCGUUUGAAUUAGAUCCUAGAUCUUUUGGAUAUGCUGAGAAAGAAGGAUCUCAAGCAUCAGGGUUUUCGAAUUCAACUUUGCCAAGAAGCAGAAAAGGCCCAUCAGAGAAGCAACCCCUUAAAAAGAGAGCUAAAGGUGUCGAAGGUGGAGAAUCCAGUAACUCAAACAUGGAUGGUAGCCAUAUGGAGAAGUCUUUUAAAGAAAUGAUUGAGAUAAGCAAUCAGGUUGUUAGUUUGAUUCAACAAAGAGAAGAAAGACAACAAAGAGAAGCCAACUUGAGAGAAGUGGAGAAAAACAAGAAUAAUAUCUGGGAAGCAAUCAAAGAAAUUUCUGGCUUGGAGGAAGAUGUUCAGUAUGAUACUUUGAAGGAGCUUCACAAGUGGGGGAUGAAAGACGUGUUCAUCAACAUGUCUGUUGAAGAACGUAUGGGGUGGAUACGAAGGAACGUUAAAUGAUGCUUUGUUUUUUAAAUUGCUUAGUUUCUAAGGUUUUUUCUUUCAAUAAUAGCAUGUUUCUUGAUUUAAUUAUAAUAAAAUUUAUUUUUAUUGCAG